AUGAUGGAAUCUUCAUACAGCCAAGGCUCUUUGCGCUAUUUCUUUUUCCACGGAAAUCACGGCGACGUUCCCCUUCCACACCAUCUGACCGUCGAAGCCAACGUUGUUGUCUUUAAUGGGAAAGGCGAAAUUUUAUUUGGCCAAAACUUUGAUAAGGGACCAUCUUGUUACGAAUUUCAGGAUGGGAUCUGUAGAAACGCAGAUGGCCAAGUCGAGGGCCCCUUACCGGCAAAGUCUUUCGUGGAAAAGAUCAUGAAAAAUAUUUCUGUGCCGUCGCUUAUCCUAGCGGAAGUUCCGAGGCACCAAAUGGGGGUUGAUCUGGAAGUCGAGGACACAUUUUUCUAUAUAGCUAUCCUUGUCCUCGGAAGAAGUGAUAUCCGCCCUUGCACUGCUGGCGAUAGAGAGUACCUCUCAAUCAUGAUGAAGACAUUCGUCCCUCGAAUGCUACGCGUGAUGGCUCCGACAGCUAGUGAAUACCUACCAGGAGAUGCACAUAAUGUGUGUAUUGGUGUUGCCGAUCGUAUGGAAAUGAUUGAGGAUGAUCCUGACUAUCACACAUUCAUUGCGAUGUAUCGUGGUCGUUAUGUCCAGAAGCCAUUGCCGCGAAGAGCAGUGGUGGAGUUAUGUCUGCUGCACGUUCUGAAAAUGCCGUUUGAGUUGAAUACUUCAAUCAAGAAUUCACUGAUUCGCUAUUGA